UCUUGGCUACUUUUCCAUUAGCACUACCUACAAUGAGUGGAAAAAGAGGUUUGAGUCAGUUGCAUGUUUGCCUUAAAGAAGUUAUUGUUAUGUCUACUUCCAGCAGGUAUACCAUUACAUGCUGGGUCUUGGUUUAGUGUUUCUCGGUUCUUUCUUUCGCCCUCUCACUCCUCACAUUUUCCUCUUCACACCUCAUGAGCUACACUGAGUUUACUAUAUUAACCACCGAGAGCGCGACUGAGAGAUAGAAAGUAAAACGCGUGGUCAUUUCAGUUGGGUCUGUUAUAGCCUCGACCAAGUUUCUGUGUGAUGUCUAGACCGCUGCCACAUUGAGCUGAGUCAAUAAACAGCAUCGGUGAUGAGUUUCAGCUUGUCUGACUCCACAACAUACACUCACACUCUGUCAGAGACACUAAUACACAUUAUAACUCAUACUCUCGCUCUCUCUUCCUUCCAUCUGGGAAGUGCGACGACUCUGUCACUGUGCGAAGUGAAGUCUGAAGUAAUUGUUUGCUUUGCUACUGUGAAUCUGCCAAUCAUUGUAACAAACCAUGUAAAGUAGACAAUUAUGUAGCAGAUUUCGGAUGCUGCGAUGGAGUAAAUAAGCCUGAACAAAAUAGGACACCAAAGUUUUUAGAAAGUGCAGGCUGCCUGUCAAGUGCCAAAGUUAAUGUUGGGCCCACAGUUGCACAACAAACUGUGGUCAAUUUCAGGGGUCUAAUACCCCUGAAACUGACCACUAUACUGGCCCUCAGUCAGAGACCACACAAUCAUCAGAUAGAUUUAAGGCCUUCAGCUUGAACACGGGUCAGAGAGAGCAGUGUUUACACUUUAAUGACUGACAGAAAGCACAAAACACAAACAUGCAUCAUAUCAUCAGAAAAAUGAACACUUGGAUAAUAAUCAGCAUGAUGCGAUUUAAGUUCAAUGAUUUCUUUGUAAAUCUAAAUCAACUCAUAUUCCAUCUGUUAACAUGGUGGCACAGUUCAUGAACUAUUACUGCAGCUGGCCAGUAGGGGAAACUCCAAACCUUUUAAUGUCAAAGUUUGUGAACACUAAUUGUUUUCAUUUUAAUGUAUGGUCCAGAACAGUUUAGCAGCGAAUGUUCAGUAAAAAGAGAAGCAGAAAUAGCUGGCUCUUUCAAAAUAAAACUGCAAAGGAAAAGUCUCUGAAAAUCCAUUUUUCUAAGUGUAACAACCUGCUGUGCAUGAUCUUUCUGUAGGUUCAGUAAAAAAUGCAUUUCUACAUAUCUUUAAACAGAGCCAUAAAGGGAUGCAUGCAUAAAUAUAUUUGUGUACUGUCAAGAUCAGUACAACUUUUUAAUAUUUAGCUAUUUCUUAAUAAAAUAUAAUUUACAAGAGCCUCAUUCAUUUCCUGGAACAAUAAACACUCACAGGCAAAGGGGUUGAUGUCUUUCUUACAAUGGCAGAGGUAUAAUUCUUCAGUUAACACACAGGUAGCCAUGACAGUAAUGGCUUAAGCUGCUCUGUAUACAGUACAUGCAUGAAUUGUAUCUACAAACCACAAAACUCUGAUGGGGUAAAGACAGUUUGGUUUGAUUUACCAUGAUAGCAGACAACUAUGAAAAGAAAUACCUUAAAAUGCAUAGUUAUGGAAAAGACUGCCAAGAAAAUUAAAUGUGCUGGCCAAGAAAUGCUCUAAAACUACCUCUAGAUACUUGGAACCACAGUGGGGGAGGUUUUGGUGGUGAAUGUCUUUGUCUUUUAAGAAAAAUACCAUUAAAUAUCCUGCAUUCUGUGUUCUCUGAUAAAAUAUCACUGCAAGCCAAAAUCCCUGAGCACUCUCAGUCAGUGCCCAAGACCCAACACAAACAAAACAUCUGUCCCAUCGAGACUGUGUGGCUCCUUCAGAUAUCAUGGUCAGAAAUGUCAUAUUGAAUCCAUUCUAAAUUUAACAUGCUCUUUCAUGCAAACCAUUCACAUAGUAAAAAUGAAGGUUAUUAUUUUACACAUGUCUUUGAACACAUGUCGGCUGAUAGUAGUGUGACUGUAUUUCCUGCAGGAUAUGACUGAGAAAGGUGCUGUUAUAGCCUCCGUCCUCCUUCCUGUGAUCUCUGAGUAGCUACACGUGAGUCAGAGAAACACUGUGUGGUUUUGUUGUUCCCUGCAGAGGUGAGAAGCAGGUAGCCUGUAGGUUGAAAUAUUGAUGGAUGAUGAUGAUGAAUUCAAGCGGAAAGUAAAGGAGCGAAGCACAUCUAAGUAGACGCUGUGUCCUCUGAUCUUAGUGUUCAUGCCAUCUAUGGCAAACGGGUGCUGUCCUCUGGAGAAGUCAUGCUGUGAAUGAAAUGAAAUUUGUAUACUCAUCAAUAUUUAAUCAAAUUCAAGGAGGCUGUAUACAUUUCUCAAAUUUUGAUGCACAUAUUGAAUGUAUUUUUACCUGCUAGAUUUCAUGAACUGGUAAAAUGUACACCAUCAGUUUUGUCAUAUUGGACCCUCUGGUUGCUGCCAUAGGGGUGUGGUCGCCUUUGUGUCGAAGAUGAUGCACUGUUCUCAGUAAUUUAUUCAUAGCUCAGAGGUUUUUGCCGUAUUUUCAUCCAUAUUUUAUAAAGAAAGAGUAAAUCACCAACAGCGUGUGGUUUAGUCAGUCAUGAAUAGUGCACAGCACACUCUGUCUAUUUAUGCCAUACUCUCAUGAGCCUACACAGAAGAUUCAGAGCUGAAAGAGUUUUUCUACACUUUCAAGACAACAGUGACAGAUGUGCUAAAGUAUGGUUUUACUUUGUCUAAACUAGUGUUCUCAACAGUAGCACUUGUGUUCAGCAUAGGUAGCUCUGAUAUGUUUUUCUUGUAUAUUGUCUCCCAGGUGCCCCUGAGGUAGGUUCAGAGAGGACGGAUGCCAGUAGCCCUUGUUCCCUUUUCCUCAUACCAAGUCCUGUCUGCUCACACAGCUGGCUUCCAUCAGAGCAUGUGUGUGUCAGUGUGUGUGUGUUUCAUGGCCGUAAUAACCAUAAUGCCAAUUUAUCAGUCCUGUCAUAUGGGCAGCAACCCAAUACCCAGGCCAUGCUGAGUCACUGCAUUAAAUAUCCCACCUUGACUGAGGCUUGAGAAGCCUUGCAUACAAUGUUACUUAAACGCUCUUUCUCACAUGCUGCUCAUAAAACAUCGAGAAAUUUCAAGAAGCUCUGUCUCUGAAAAUUUCCAAAGUUGUAUGUUCACAAAUGCUCUUCACCACCAAUACAUUAAAAUGUUGUUCAAAAUGGACUUUUGAAAUACAUGUGAACAAGUUAGUCCAACUGAAACCACAUAAAUCCAAUUUAUUGUAGUCUGAUUCACAUACCAAGAUAAUCGAUAAUUUUCUCUUCUAUUUGAACACCCAGAUAGGACAAAAACUGGACUUAAAGUUCUGCAACACUGGUUGGAGCACAGAUUUAUGGACAUCUUUAGUUACGGAAAAUGUGUAUAUAAAUGCAUAUUUGCUGACAAAAUUUUCUUACCUUUGGUGUAAUUAAACUACAUGAACAAAAAUUCAAAAAAGUCAAACAAGUGCUGAUGAUGAUACCAGUAAUAGCAAACAAGAGUGGGUUAUCUCUAAACUCGUGAUUUGCACCUGAAAUGCCAAUGCCAUGCAAAGACAGACUGAUUCAGCGACUUUUCUCCUGAUCUCGUUUUUACAAAUGCCUGUUCUUGAACUUUGGAUGCUCAUAUUCAUCACAUUUUUUUACCAAUGCGAACUUUUUCCAAGUUUGCGCCAGUCCCAUGAUGUAUGUCAUCAACCCCCCAGGCCACUUACUCCCAGUGGAGUUUCCUGAAUGUUUCCUGCUGUGUUCUCACAUCAGCCCACUCAAACUCCUUGCACGUAUUUUAGGGUGAAGAUUUCGGCUGUUUGUGCAGCCCAACCUUAAAUUUUGGAAGGUUUGAAAACAGGUUUAUUGCAAAGGUCAAAACUAAACACAGAUGAGAUCAUUUUGAAGAGGCUGGUCCAAAUCUGCACAUUUUUCAGUAAUUCACUUCUUUCUGGAUGUGAGUGUUUUCUCUCUCAUGUGCUGGCUGCUCCUAUCACUCAAUGCUGCCUUCUGCAGAGUUAAUCUGAACUACAGCUGGGUGGGUGGAUGUAGGGGUGAACUAUGCUGGCUGGUAUUGUAAAGGGUAGGUGGGUGGCAAAUGUGGUUAAUUUGCUUGUCUUGGGCUUGUGCUUCAUUUUGCUGAGCCAAAUCCUCUCAUUUAGGGGAUUAAGUUCCCGGGCUUGUGGAGAGUAGGUGGAGGUCAGAACGGAUGAAACAGAAAAGGGGAGGAGUGGACAGAGAAAUAGAGAAAGUGUUGGAACAAGUUUUCCAUGUGGGGUAGAGGUGCAGAGGGAUUGACGGACAUGGCAGCAGUUGGGGGUUGAUGUAUGGCUGGAGUGGAGAGGGGGGAGGUGAUGCUCAAAGUGAAGCAGAGGAGGAAAGCAGCUUGUGUGUGGAGAGAUCUGAGGGUUGGGGGUGUACUUGUGUGGGCAGGAGGUGUGGUGAGGUGGAGAGGGUAUUGUUUAAGGAGGGCUGAGUGAGCUGUGAUGGGGGGCUCCAGCUUUCAAGGGGUACCGACAGAUCUGCUUUACUCAUGUUCUUCUUCAUAGCACUUAUUAGCACAACGUCCGCACAUACCACACCUCAGCACAUGUUGGAGAAACCCACCCUCCUUCAGCACUUGUACAUGUGAGUUGAUGAACUCUGUUAGGACUAUGAGGGAAGAACUGGUGCUUGAGGAAGGGGCAUGUCCUCAAGCUCCCUAGCUGCCCCUGGGCUUCGUAAAAUCACAUGCACAGCCGGCUAAGUGGAGUGUGAGAGGCAAAAGAAGACACAAUGAUGAAUGAACAAGACAACUCUGAAGCAGGGAAGAAAAGACAGCGAAAACUUGUCCAGACUUAAAUUCUGAGAGCAAGUCAAGAGUAUGGAGUAGGGAGGAAAAUAUAGUCAGAGAGACGAAGAAUGGAUGAGCUGGGUCAACAUCGGUAUUCAGAGUGUUUAGUGAGGAGGACUCUUGAAACGGAACUGUUGACUUUAUAUCAGUAUAGACAUCUUGCUUCCAUCUCUUCCCUCUGCAAAAGAGUGAGGCCAAAGUACCACCUAUAUGAGUGCUGACAUGUUGUGUUGGUAUAUUAGAGCCAAGCCACAAUAUUGUGUAAUGUACCUUUUUAAUAUGUUACUUUGUUCUUGGAAUCUUACGCUGCGUUCCAAUUACCUCGGAAGUUGGGAAUGACGUUACACCGGAGUUGACGGCGUUCCAGUAAAAAAGUCGGAAAACCAAGAUGGACGCCUACAGUUACUGGUUGUUAGCUGUUGAUUACAAUUGUCAGCUGUUGUUAGCUAUACCAGUUGUAAACAGCGCAUAACACAGUAUUUUACUCUAACAAACACCAUAGCACUGUGUUCACAGUUAGAUGUUGGGCAGUACAACAUAUACCACUUAUUUAAUUUCACAAAACAAUAAUACAUUACGAGAACUUUCACUGUUACUCUUUGUUGCUGAUGCACUACGCUGCCAUCUUGGAUUAUGACACUGUUGUCAAGUCGAGGUUGGCGAGGAUCGUCCGACUUUCCAAGUCAAAAAUCUGACUUCAGGGGGGUGUUCCAGAUGAAUUUCCAACUCAUAGCUCAGAGAUCCCGACUUCCGAGUACAACUGGAACGCAGCAUUAAAUGUGAGAUUGUACAGAUUUUAAUUAUAAGUUUAGUCCCAACUCCAAAUCGACAGUGAAAAAAGUUUCGCAUUUGUUAUUGAAACUGUCAGCUUUAUUCAUAGAAGUUAAAAGUUCUCAGUCUUGUUCCCUUUUUAUUAAACUUAGACUAACAAAUUUACAAAGUAACAUAACUUUUAUGACUGGUGUUGAUGUGGCACACGAAGACUAAAGCUGAUGUUUUUCCACUUCAAAUUUCAAUGCAAGAAAACUAACCAACAUGCAGCGAGUACAGCCAGUUGAAGUGUGGAAUAACAUUCUCAAGUGGGUCAUUCACUCCUAAAUCACUCCAAAGAAUCGCUCUGUCUGGCCUCAGUUAUGGCAGAUUGUGUUACAUGAUCCCUGGAAUAAUGAACUAGUACGUCAACACUGCCAAUCCCACACAGCAAAGAAAGGGACCUGUCUGUUCCAGCCCCUAAUCCAGUCUGUUUGGGAAGCAGGGACUGUGGCGUGACACUUGUUCUCCAUAGUCUCCAGUGUUCUCCCUGGAACCUCCGAGCGCCAGCUCGCAUUAGCAUAACCGAGAGGCCCAUCCACUCGUUACAGGAUUAGUUCAGCUCUCCUCCCACUGUCUGAUGGCUCUUUAUCCAGAUGGAUACAGCCUGUUAGAGGUCUUAACCACACCAUUGCCACUAAAGUCAUUAUCAUUCACCACGAGGAGGAAUCAGCUCACUGAGGGUCCGCUGUUUAGAGAGAGAUUGACAUCUCAUUUGGAAUGGUUUGAAAGAAAAGACGGGACCCUCCCCUUUAGACUAUGAUGGAGUAGCACACAAACGCUCUGAUCAAUCUGUCUUUGUUCUGAAGUGACUUUGUCAGAUUGAAUCUGGUCUGGUAAUGUUUUUGGAAUAGUAAACUAAUUUAAAAUGUGGACUAUUUUCCACAUUAAGGUUUACCCCCUUUGACCAGCUUUGACUGCCAUUUGAGGGAUGCAGACUUGUCCAAGUCAGUGCCCCGAUUUGGUAAAAGUUAAGUUCCCCUCCUCAUUCCUGGAAUAAUGUCUUAUGUUCAGACGUCUUCCUGUUUGUCCACAGAAUGAUAUCCAUCACACUUCAACCUAUAAGACAGGUUUAUCUUGAAAAUGAAUGUAAGCUUGUCAUUCAUUCUAGGAACUCCUGUGUCCACCCAUGUGAUUGUUGAAACUUAAGUGGCGCCAUCAGCAGACAGAUGGGCCUGACAAGAUGUGUUUGUCUGUUACCCUUAUAGCUGCUCAUAGAGUUUGAGCUACUUCAGUGUGAUGUCAUCUUCAAGCACAAAUCAAUCUGUCCCAGAUGAGCUAGACUGCUGAUACGGAUGUACAGUACAUCGCAAAGGAGCCAGUUAAACAGCAUGCAGUUUUGUGAAGGCUCUUUGCAGUCUGCACUUUUCGACCAGGGCAGACAACAACGCUUAACUUGUAAUUAUUCAUGAUACUGUUUGUUCCCGGAGUAUAAAAACAUUUGCCAAAAACAAUUCAAGGGACAAACUACAGGAUUCAGGAGGGAUUUUUUAGCAGAUGAGAUCAUCUAAAAGGCUGUUCUUAACACAUAAAAUAUGAUGUUAGUUUUUCAGUGUUCACCUCAUUUGUCAACUGUCUCCAAAAGUUGCAAAAUCUAACAAAAAACAUACUUGGGGUUUUAUUUUUACUGAAAUCUUCUCAGAAUAAGUUUCCCUAGGAGUUCUUCUGCUCACAUGUUCUGCUGUGUGUUUCGAUCAUGCUCUUCCCAGCCUCUUGCCCUAACCUUUCCUCCUCCUCUUGCACCUUUGCUUUCACGGUUUUCUCUUAGCUUUCUAUGUUCUCUCUCACCCUCUCCCACCUACACCACACACACACACACACACACACACUCUCUCUCUCUCUUCUCGCUCUCUCUCUCUCUCUUCUCACUCUCUCUUACUCUGACUGUGCUGUCUGCCUCAGCUGUUCUCAGUUGCAAUGUGUGCCUUGUGCUGUGGGGACAGGGCAGAGCUGCGCUGAGUGGGGCUGAACUAGUCCGGAACAGUGUUAAGUAGAGUGAGAGAGAGAGAGAGGUUGACAGUAAAACAGAGUGAAAGGGAAAGAGUGAGUGAGAGACAGAGCUGGUGCAGAUUGUGCUUACCAAGCAGACUGGAUUAACAGCUGAAACAAACUGGACCUGUUUUUCUCUUUUUAGCCUGAGGAAGAGACUCAGCGAUAAUGUGGAUGUCUGUUUAGAUAGAACUGCAUGCUGGAUGGGCACCAGGACAGGAAAAUGGCAGUCGAACCCAGACCUUCUCACUCUUUCUAGUAAUUAGAAUGGUGAGGCUCUCGUAUCUGGCUCACUUUGGUUAAGUUUACGUUGGACUUCACAGUGUGGGAGGCUCUCUUUGCUGUGACAUUGACCCAUAACCCCAAACUCUGCUUUGCAGGUUCUGUCUCUCCUGGAGUUGGACUUUUAAUCUUGGCUUUUGACCCCUGGAACAGGACAGGGUUUUUGAUAUUUGAAAAGGGACGAGACCUGCUGAGAUUAGGUCUGGACUGAACCAUAAGCUGCUAUAAAUCAUCAGUGGACAGCAGAAAUUAUUACUUCUACCAGGACUUCUUCGGCUACACUCGAUCUAAGACUGACCGCACUGGAGGCGUGUAUUUAAAGGACCUCUCUGGCCUCUAUUGCCCCAGGACCAUGGGCUCUCUCUGGGGCAGCAUUUUGCUGCUGUCUGGGGCGGUUCUCCUCAGGGCGGAGGGCUACGCAGCCCAAGAGACCAAGAACAACGUCCCCCGGCUAAAACUCUCCUACAAAGGUGGGUUCAUUUCUUUGUGUUGACUCAUUAAUGCUAAAAAUCUUGAUGAUUCAGCUGUUGGGUGCUUUGUCUGAGGUGGAGCCGAGAUGUCCUACAGCUACAGCUUAUUCAUCAUGUAGAUUCUAACCCUCAAACCGCAUGUGGUGCGCCGAUGAAACAGUGCCUAGAAAAGCAGUUCCCUCUAAAGUUGUAGUAACUGCUGUGUCACAUAUUUUUCACGAGUUUUUCAAAGAAAACUGAGUUGAGGAAGAAGACUCUCUUUAUUGAUUAUUGGAUUAGUGAUAAUACAAAUUAGCUCUUUCGGAAACAUGUUGGACAACGAGGAUGCAUUCAAAACAUGAAAGCAGUUUCAUUUGGCAAAAAUGUCAUAUAUAUGUUCCAAAAUAGGCUUCACACCCCACAUUAAAUCAGUCUUUUAUACUGUAGAGAGCAAAGAAUUGAUGUUUUAUUACAGUUAAUGGAGUUGUAAAUAAGGUUAGCAAAAGAAAGCUCUUAUGGAAACCAUGUGGUGGUGCUUAAAAACAUUAGCUAAAUUGGGUCCGUAAAGAUAAUGGGUUAGGGCUUGUAAAAGAAAAUUUAUAUCAAUUAAUAGAUCACUCUAUAAACUCUAAAGCCAACAGAGGAGUUUAAUGGUAUUAGGAAAAUAACAUCACUUGCCAAAUCAGAGGAAGCAUUCCUGUCUGAUGUAUCCCUUCAGUACAAGUAAAAUCUGUCUCUGGUGCUCUCUAUCUUCUCGUCCUUGUCUUCGUUUUGAUCAACUGUAGUUGUCAGAUUUGCAAUGAAAAGUGGUGCCAGCCAUGGACUCGCUGCCAAUUGAGCGUCAUUUACCCCUCUCUCUUUCUCUUUUUCUCUCUCUCUCUUUUUUCCUGGAUGUCAUUUUUCCGCUCUGUUCUUUCCUGCAUGGUAAUUACACUGAGGAUGAAUGGUGCAGGUCUGUUUCAGCAGAUGGCUUUCCCAAAGAGAAAUGUCUCUCGCUCGGCACAGGGAGAUCCAUAAUUAUACACACAAGCAUGCACGUACACACACAUCAAUGGAUGGCCAUCUGUAGAUACCUAAUGAUACCUGUGAGUUUAUCAGUCAUUUAAAACAACAUGCUGUCAGUUUGGUGAAACACGCCCAUGCAGUGAUAUCUCUAUUAGAAGUCAGACUUCAGGUAGCAGCUUGGACAGCUGGGUUAUUAGACUGCCACUAUUCACAUUGAGGCUUGUGGGGACAAUUAUUGGCACCAUUCCUGGCAUAGACUCUCUAGCCAGAGGAUAGUGUGCAGGUAUCGUUUUCAUGCCUGCAAUGUGGUGGAAAUAUUAUUCACAUAAUUCUGAAGAAUUUCAUCAAACUCCAGGUCCCAUUAGGCAAGUGACAUGGGAUUAUUGCACUAUGAAUCAUUUAUACUGCGGUAUAAAUUAUGUAUUACCCCUGUGAUAGGUGAAGCCGACUUAGAUUUACUUGUGGAAAAGAGGAAAUCAGAGGAUUCGCUGCGGUGAGUUACAGAACAAGACCUGCAGUGACAACCCGAGACACUGUCCCGCACUGUCCUGAGCAAUCCAGACCUCUGAUCUGUGACACAUGGGAACCCUGACCCCUACAGGUCACUGGAAAUACUGGGAAAAUCUGCCCAUGUGGGUGCAGGAAAACACUCUUGUUUUUGACUCAACUUAAGACCUAACUCAUAUGAACACAGCAGGGAAGUGUUUAUCUGGAAAGUGUGAACCUUAGUGGUAGCCUGCUCCCCCGCAGUAUGAGCCUUGAAACAUUCAGAGUCCCUGACCAACCAAGAGGCACCCACACACUUCCCCAACCUCCCUGCUGAACCCUGGGGGACUCCAACAGAUCUUUGAAAGCAAGGGUGGAGGGGCAGAAGGGCAGUGGAGUAGGGGGAAAGAUAACAAAGGUACCCCAUGGCUACCUAAACAUGAGCGAAGGUCCAACUGUAUCAACAACUAAAGGAACUGGGUGAUAAUGUGGAAGUGGGAGGAGAUGGUUUUACGGUGGACCAUAGUGCUAUAAGUGGAGUCAUUUCACAUAAAUUACUUUGCCGUGAACUGAUCUGAGAUCGAUUGGCACCCCUACGGUAAAAGGAUCCUUAAGGGAGUAAACAGAGAUGCAUAUGGUUUGUGAGUUUAUGGGCAAUAAAAAGUAAAGCACAUGUUGUUGACUUUAUAGGGAAGAGAACAGAGGGUACUUCAGUUUUAUAGGAUUUGGGUGUACUGCCAAAAGUACUUCUUCUCUUCCACCUGUCCACCCCUUCCUGUAAAACAGCCAAGGACUUGAAUACAAGCAAAUACGCUUAUUUACCAGCACACAUUCAUAUGAAUAUAAUUUCACCAGUGCAAUGAAAUUCAUUUUUUAAAUGCAGGAAAAGACUUGGUUGUGUUAACGCCCUUCCACACUGACGCAUUCAGCAGUUUCAGUUCUGUGUUAUUUGUAUCGAUGACCAAAGCUGGAAACGAUUCUACUGGAGAUGUAUAAUCCAUGAACACAUUGAAAAUCUUUUCACCUCCUGUGCACAGUAUAAACUCUGAAUGGGCCUGAAUACUCAUGGAAGGUAUGCACCCCCAGUGUUCAGAUGCUGUGUUGCGCUCUGAAUAGUUAAAUUUCCUCAGAUUUUUCAGAUGUGGAUGCCUAUCUAGACUUUUUUUCCACUUCAGUCCCGAAGAGAACUUUGAUUAAAGUGAGAUACUCUGACAUAUGGCUGGUGACGUUCUCACAAAUGGAGUUUGAUUGGCAAAUUUAGCACCAACUAAAACGGUUUGAAUAAAAAACAAAUUAAAACAAUCAAAUUAAAACUCCAGCAACAACUUUUAAAAAGUUUAGGUUACAAUAAGAAUGUUAUAGUCUGUAAAUAAAGUACUUAUGAGAUUGAUUUCAACUACAUAAACUUGUGAGUAAGUAACAGGGUAAGGCCAGAACUACUCUAGCUUUAAGAUGAAAAUUAUUUAGUAUUAUAUGUCUGCAGAGCUGGGUGCUGCUGUUUCAGGACUGCAGUUCUUGGCCCACAUCUCUAGAACCCUUGUGUUGUUGCACCAGUAAGACUCAAGGGUGGAGUUACAUACUCUUCUUUCAUCAUCCAUCUUCACACUGAAUGCAUUCUUUGGUCAUCUAAUGCACGACAAUGGUCUCAGAAUUGUGGUCCUGAAUCUGCAGCCUACAUAGUGUUCAAAUUAUUACACUAACUUCACUACAUUACCAGAGUACCCUGACGCUUUUCUCAACACUUAAGCCAUUACGUUCAACUUUAAACUGGUCUGCAAAUACGUGAGACCAGUUAAAUAGCUGUUUUCAUUCCUUCUUGACACUAAACAAAUUACAGCACUGAUGAGGCUUUGUGCUGUUUUCCCCUCAGGCAUGAAUGAAUCAGUCACUGUAUACACUUUGAGUGUUUAGUCAAUGUGCAAUCACACACUCGGCCUUGAGUAUGAUGAAUGUCAGUGAAGCUACUGAACCUGGGCCAAACAUCAGUGUUCCCAUGUACAGUGCAGCCACACGUGGGUUAUUGUUAGGAUGUGUUUCUGCUUUUUCUUCGCAAGCACUUAGAUAACACUCGCUGUGCCCUCCAGUCGAGAACGAGAAAGAGAGAAAGCUGGAGAGAAUGUAGGCUAAAAGAGUUUAUUUUUAUCAGUCUCACAUGGGACUGUUGAUUCUUUGCAUCCAUUCCAUCUGCCCCCUUAUCUCCCUCCCGAACUCUCUUUCUCUCUCACUUUCCAUUUUUCCUCUCCGCUCUUUCAGCCCUUUCCUUACAUACCCAUUGUUUCAGAGGAAGAAGUGGUAAAUGAGGGAUGGGCUGAAAUGCUCUAAAAGGAUGGUUGGUAAUCUGUUCAGAUACAACUAGUGAAAAGUGACUUUUUCUUUAUUAUUUUCAGACUUGCACCAACAAUAAAAAGAGAAAUUUCAUAAACAUGAUGGCGGGGAAGCAGCUGACACCUGUUCAGGGCCGCUCAUUUGCCUCAACAUGUCUUUAUGCCUUCCUGUUUGUCUGUCAGUCUUUCAGUGUUUCAUCAUACAUACAGCCGUUCAUGUUGUACACAUGCAUGUUUGCUAAAACUUGCCGAACUGGUGUAUAUAUCAAAACCACUAUGCAGAAUUUUUUUUUUAUGUAAUGUUAAGUCUUGAAAACAAAUGUUGCUCUUUCCAUGCCCAGAGUGUCGACCCAUCCGGUAUUUAACCACAGGGGACACUAGCUCAGACAUGUAGGGGACACAACCUCUGCUCUGUCUUAGAAACAUCCUCUUUCUUUCCAAUAACAUACAACACGCUCCAUAAACAUACAGCUCCACACACAAUACCCGUAGAGUAUACGUCUCUGGGUGAGUAGCUUUUAAUAACUUAGCUGUAUUCUCUGUUGAAUGGUCUGUUGCCAUGGUCACUACUCCCAUGGACAAUUUCCACAAACCAGAGUCGUGCGUGUGUAUAUGUGUGUUUAUGCAGUAACACAUCCCUCACUCUAACCCAGGGAUGUGGUUUGAGGAAAAUGAAGUUCUCACGUCUGCACGAUUUCACAAUUUCUCUGCAGCCUCUUGACACCACGCUGUCCAUGAAAUAUUAAUAUUUCCUUUUUUUACACUUACUAAUUUCAUUUAAAUAAAUAACUUGUGCACUCACAUGAAAACACACUGAUUCACUUUUUGCUCUCAGUCCUCACAGUCCAAACCACAGUGCUGCUGAAAAAGGUCAGAGGUAGCAGGCAGGCGUUUUAGUGUUGUCAGCGAAGGGCUUACAGUGUUUCCACUUAUGAUUGAUCACCAAAGGUAUGGAGGAACGUAAAUCUAGGACACAGCUUUGGACUGGGCUCAGAAAUACUUUUGCAGAAACUUUCUAAGACCUUGAGCUCCUUUUGCAUUGUGUGAACAGAGGUUGCGUUUUGGUUGGCGGCCAAGUAGCCUAAUAAUCUUUUAUGAAUUAAAUUGUCAGAAGUCGUAACAGAUUGAUCUCUGCAAACUGUCCUCAAGUAUCGGGGCAAUCAUUGAACCAUAAUUUAAACUGUUAGAGGUAGCUAUUUAUGGAUGAAAUCUUUGUCUUGCAGUGGUAUUGUGAGUCUUGGCCAGCUUUGGGUUUGGCCUCGGUCUCACUGUGUAUCAGUUUAAGGCUGCACAUCUGUUUUUUUUUUUUUUUUUUUUAACAACCAUACUAAUUCUUGGAAGUUCUUGCUUAUUGAGUUAGUUUUAGAUCUCAGUUACAUUCAAGGCUUCGCAGUGUUCAUUUACAGAUCAUAAAGUCUGAAUCACACAGUGCAGUAUUAGUUACAUCUUACUAACAGUCUAAGUUUCACUCUCCAACUAAGGAGAGGCCCACGCAAGACAAAGGCAAUAACGACAGGGUGUUAAACUAUUGCAUUUUACAACUCUGUGCAGUGUAUGAAUGUUAGCCAAACUUUCAUUUGCAUGAAUUUAUGUGUACAAGAGUGGUUAGUGCUGAACCGAAUGCUACAGCCAAAGUGUUACAUGAGAGCAAGAAGGUUUGUAACCAAAGCUGAUGGUUUUUUUAAGUAUUUUUCUUCUCUCUUCCACAGCUGUGUUUGGUCACUCUUGUUAAAUGUUCUUCUUUCUUUACAAUAUAAUGAAUUUUCUAUAUGGAUUUAUCUCACCACUCUGUACCUUUAACUUCAUUUUCAAUGCUUUAUUAUGAAUGAAGAAUUCUUACUUCACAAGGAGUCAUAACACACAUAAAACUAUCUCCCCUAGCAGCACUAUUCUGAACAACUGAACUACAUUUAAAGGCAAAAUAUUGAUUUAGUUUGAUUUGUAGUUUGGUAUAAAAAAUUGUUGGGUUGGGUGCCACAGCCUUCAUUCUUCUUUCUGGUUAUUUCUCAUGUUAGACUGCAGUGGUCCACCCCUAUAUUUCUGAAUUCAUUAAAAGUAUCUAAAUGUAAAAUCUAUCUCAGAUUGCAGCGGUAAAAGUUUUGUUGAUAACUUUCCUAACCCCUGGUUUGACCUGUAAUAUCUUCAGAAAACUGAGAAUUUAUGUAUGCAUAAAAUAAGCUGAUGUGAUGCCCUGCUUUCUCCAAGUUUAUUUGCCUUUCUGCUGCAGCGUGUGUCCUCUCACUCUCUCGGGCUCUGACACACUUCAGAGAGGGGGCAUUCUCCUCGCUGAAACAUUCAUGAACAUAUUUGUUAUUUACUCCCCAAGAAAAGGGUAAGAGAGAGAGGGAGAGAGAGAGAGAGAGAGAACGCCAGAAGAGCCUCUGUACCAUCGCUCUCCACCCUCUCACGUGGGUGGUCUAUUGGAGGGGGUCGUGAGAUGGUCAAAGCUUGCAGGUAGCAGUAAAGUGUGAGAAGGACAGAGCAUAAAUAUGUGUGUAUGCACAUUUACACGAAAGGUGCUAUAGUGCCAUGUCUGUAAUGUCACUUUGAGAGGUCGUUACAGUAAUGACAUGUCUAAUGUCUGUUUGUGACCAAUUUGGUUUUCUGCUGUGAAAAGCCAAUGUGCCUCCUCUGCCAGACUUGGCGCACCGAUGAAAACCGUGAGCUGUUGCCCAUGGUAACGUGUCCCAAUAGCAAAUGUGGUUUUGCCCAGUCCUGCAGUUUGUAAAUGAAAUAUUUGCAGAGACUUCUGACAUGACAUAUUCCCUUUAGUUUUCCACUGAAUCUGCACCAAGUUCUGCUUGGCUGCUCUGGUCAAGGUCACUACCACCAGGCAGACAGUUUGGUCACUGGCUCCCAGUCCUGCCGUUACCUGCCCAGUCCAAUUUGGCUUGGCAGAGGUUCUUGACUGUCUGUCAGUAGUCUAGCUCAGCCAAGAUGUUUAAUAGAAUAUGAACUGGAGGGGAUACUUCAAUAUUUUGGCCAGAAUAAAAGCAUUAAAAAGCUGUGGAGGAGGUAGACAAAGGACAGCCAAAACAUCCAAAUUUGUAGUUUUCAAGGCUAAAUUAGAUUUUGGCCUGUGGUCACAGAGACUUUAGAGGGAUGGAAGUGCUUGGUGUUCUUAAACUAAAGCUAUGCAUCUCAAAAACACCUGGAGAAUCUAUUUUAAAUCAUGCAAAUAAAAGCUGACCUGAUGGUUUUGCUUCCACCUACUUACAUGCUGCCCACAGUUACAGGUUUUCACUACUUGAGUAUCACAUCAUGCUGACCACUGCUUUUCUUUCCUUUUUCGUUUGCAGAAAUGUUGGAGUCUAACAACCUUGUGACGUUUGAAGGCCUAGCAAACAGUUCAUCUUACCACACGUUCCUGUUGGAUGAGGAGAAAGGGAGACUGGUUGUUGGAGCCAAGGACCACAUCUUCUCAUUUAACCUCAUCAAUAUCAGUCGAGACUAUGCACAGGUAAAACCCGUGUCUGGUUUUCAGUCUGUCUGUCCGGUGGUUGUAUCCAUUUAUCUGUUUGCGUUUCUGGCCAACUUAAUAUCCAUCCUGAGUGUGCCUCUCUAUUCCAGAGUGCCAUUCAGAGGCUCAGGUAUCUCGGGACUCUCUUUUCUGUUUCUACCGAAAAAGUGCCUCGUGAAUAUUUCAGAUCAGGGCUGUCGCACACGAUCACACGCUGAGCCAGGCAUGUUAGCUGCUCUCUGCACACCUGGAUGAAUAAUGGAGUAAACUGAAACAAAGUGGAUAACAAAUCGCAUUUGUGACCCCCUCAACCCACAUACACACACAAGCAUGCACACAAACUGUAGCCGUGUUGACUCAGUGUGUAAAAUUGAUUCGAGGAGGGGGUGAUCUCAUCUUACAUGCACAAGAACUGUGUUUGUGUUGCAGAUCCCUUGGCCGGCUUCUCCCACCAGAAGAGACGAAUGCAAGUGGGCAGGAAAAGAUCUCUCGGUAAGAGCUAAAAACAUCUAUCUUCCAAGUGGGUGUCAGCAUUUCACCCCAGCACUCCCACAGAUGUUUUAAAAAUGUCUUUGCUCUACUGUACUGUGAAAGAUGAACAACUGUGCAGAUCUUAGAGUAGCCCUCGGUUAUAGCUGCUGUGGGAUAACACUGGUUAUGUGCUAGGGCCUUUCCAACGCUGGCAAUCUGAUGUAAACAUUUUUUUAAUCUCUCAGUUUGUUUACACAAGUGUGUUGACAUAUCUAAUCUGUCAUGUGGACAAUGAGCAUAGGUCUGACCAUAAUCUCAAAGCCAAGACUGAGACCAUCAUGACCUUAAUCACGUAUCAAGCCUCUGGGCGCUCCAUUAGGUACACUGAGGUCUCAGAAAUCUCUGCUUACCUACUAGUAUAACCACAGCAUUAAUGAUAAGAGCUGUCAUACAUUCAGGGAUCACAGGCAUUAGUGUUUUCUUUAUGUAGGACUCAUUUCUUUUCCCCAUGUUAUCUUUGUUUUCUCUGUGUCCCUUCUUUUUUCUGAUUGACCUCACAAACAUCAGAACUUGGCUUGCCUGUAAUAUUAAUCCCUCAGACAGACUAGAAGGAAUUAAUAACCUGUUGAUCAAUUUAAAGUCAAAGUUUUAUUACAUUAUUAUGCUUGGUAUGCUUGCUAGAACUCAGGCCAUGCAACUCAAUAUGUCUAAAUAAUGAAGUUAAAGCUUUAAACCGCUUUAGAAAAUAAAAAAUGUCCCUUUAAUACUCUCUAGUGAUCAAACGGAGAGUCCAACACAAACACUUAGAGGUUUGGUUUUUUUAAGUCUGCGCAGUGUAUUUGUUUCUUUAGCAUUAGCAUGCUUUUCUUAAUUGACUACAAAGUUUGAGAAAAAAAUUGACACAAAAGCUGAUUUGUUUUGCCGCAGGGUUCAAGGGUUCUCUGACUCUUGAUCCAAGUCAACCCUUGCCAGACAAGCUAAGCGAAACAUCCAUCAGUACGUGGUUGAGAGCGGUUUUGACGUAGUUUGUGCAGAAGAGUGAAACUCCAAAGAUGUUGGCAGCUUGUAUCUACUCUCUGUAAGCUAUGUUAUGAAAUCUAUCUUCAACAAAGCCCUCGGGCUACAUGCUGGAAUAUAAAAUCGUUGCUUUUUUUAUGCCUCACUUCACGGCUUGGACAUUGGCCAGAACAGGACAAGCCCUCCUGUCUUUCCAUAGCUUAUUCUAAGCGCCUUGAAGCCCUUUGUGUGUUUUCUGUAAACACUCCGGCUUGGAUGAAUGAGGUGCCCUUGGGGGUGGUCUUUCUGUUAUAGAGUCAGAGGGGAGUGAGAAUUAAAAGGAGGCAGAGAGAGGCUGUUGAUGUCCCCCGAUGUACCAUAAGCAAACACUUCUGGAGAUGAAGCAGCGAGGAAAUAAGGAGAUAGAUGAGUGUGAACGGCCUAAAUGUUCAUCCACAUGGGGAAAACUGUAAAUAUCUUUUGCGUAGAAUAAAACGUGUGAUAUCUCCAUACUAUCAAUUAUUCUGUUUACACUUUAUUCUCUUAUGUUGAACCCGCUGAUGGUGUAAACAACAGAUGUACCUAUAUGUGCUUUGGCCUGUCUGCAUUAUCUUGCUUAAUAGCCAUAUGGAAGCAAUGAAACAAUACCCCAAAGAUACUGAGCAGCCGUGUAUUUCUGUUUGCAACAAUGAUGCUCAUUACUCAGAUAAACCCACCUACGUGCAGACCAUAGAAAUCUAAAGAAAGACAGAUGCUUGGAUGUCAACAAACGCUCACACAAACAGAGGCUGCUGUCUGCCGAUGACCCAGUAAAGCCAGAUGAACUUCGCCAUGCAUAAUUUGUGGUGGUGUUCUCUCCAUUUUUUUCUUCUUCUUCUUUUUGAAUAUGUGAUGACACAUUCAGUUUUAUUUGAGGUCAGAUCUGCUCAGGCACGUGCUGCUCGAACAUGAGGAAAUAUGCUCUGCCAUAUGGUAGCAGAGCAAUGCAUACAAAACAAACUAAAUAACACACGCACAGACACAAGGUAAGGAUUAGAUAGACUACAUCUACAUAUUAAGUUAUAAGUAAUCUCUGCGUAUUAAAGUCACAAGGUCAAGAAAAGUGCAUUUUUCCAUGUUCCAGCCAUUAAAUUAAGAAGUAGAAGCCCAUCAAAACGCUGCUCUUUAACAUCUUUUAUUGUGCUUUUAACUGACAGACUGGAAGAAAUUAAUGUUUAUUCUGACUCAUAAGGGAUUAUAAUGGUCGGCAUUGUUGCCAAUCUUCUCUGUUAUUAUGGAUUUUAAUCCCUCCUGUAGAAAAUCACAUUCACUGUAUGGGAAUGAAACAGCUGACGUAAAGCCAGCAGUGGUUGAUGUCACCGGGUUCAAUGUGCUAGAAAAGCAGACGGUCCAGUCCUUGGUUACUUUAUGCAGAUGAAGUGGAAAAAGUACAGAGUCACAGAUGAUUAUACUCAGUCUGGGCAUGAUAUUAUUUUCUGAGGCAUUACUCAGCACAUUGCCAGGGUGCGCAGGCCAUGCCCUUGGGGAUUACAGCAGAUUACAGUCAGCUUUGCUCCCUGCUAUCAUCACUGAUCUUUUUAAUAAAGAGUUGGAUUUUUCCUCUGCUGAGACUUGUGCUAUUAGUGACACUUAUCCAGCACUUUUGCCACCUUUUGUCAGAAGAAUUACCCUAAAAGGGCAGUUGUACGCUUCAAUAAGUGAUGGCACCUAGAGACUGUUAAAAAAAGAGGUUUUAAUAUGUUUCGGUCUGACAAGGUUGAUUAUUCUUUCUGUUUUAUGUCUUUUUCCAUCAGAGGGAGUGCUCAAAUUUUGUCAAGGUACUGCAGCCCUUCAACCAGACUCAUCUAUAUGUGUGCGGGACAGGAGCCUUCCACCCAGUGUGUUCCUAUCUCGAAGUAGGGAAAAAAACAGAGGUACUCGUAUAUGUUUCAUUUUCUGACAUAUAUCGUUGCCCUGAGUUACAAAAGUUAUUCUAAGUUUUACACAUUGACUGCGUAUAAAUAUGGACAGCACACCUCCAUCUUCUCCUAUUCAAAAAUGAAGCCAAAGUGACACGAGAGCUGACACACAGUGUUAUGCUGGUGAGCUAUUGUGGAUCCAAGACUUGUGAACAAGCAAUUUGGACACUAAUGCUAAAAGCAGAUCAGACACUCAGACAUGCCGAUCAGAAUUUUGUGAAUCCCCCCAAAAUAACACUUUCUGUUAAAUAAGUUUGACAUGAAUUAACAAAAAUGACAGGAGGCAUGCUUAAGGAAAAUGACCAAUACUGCAGUCAGUCACUCUAAAAGUUUUGGCUUCACUCUAGGAGCUGUUGUGCUGUUCAUGUUUUUAUAAAAGUUGAUGGUCUGAUAUCAUGGUGACAUAAUAAAGCUGUAAAAUCCUCCAGAUAAAUGAUUUUCUAAGUACAAACAAAUGGUCUCAUUUCGCAAAAUAAGCUUGAAAAUCGAACUCAGGGUUUUUUUUUUAUAGUCUGCUGGCUUUUCAAUCCAUCACUCUAACGUGGGACUGCUGCAUGUGUAUUCAUUAAAAGAGUGAGCAAAGGAAAUUGCUCUUUUCUCCUCCAAAUGUCACUGAGUCAGCCUUAUAAAUGUCUCUUUCCUACUCAUUAGAAAGCUAUUUACAGACAGUUGGAGGCAGGAAAUUUCUCAGAGAAUAGAUACACUCUGCUCAGAGAUCGUAAAAUAAGAAUGUAAUUUCUCUGAUGGAUGCCUGUCAGUAUCAAGAGUAGGAACAAAAACUGCCUUACUUUUGAAAAAGUCAGAUUUAUCCUUAGUCUACAGAAAAAAAAAACAAAAAAACAUUGUCUUUAAUUUUGUCUUUAACUGUAUAUUAAAACAACAAGACGGUUCCCAUAAAGUCAAUGUUGAUGGAUACCUGUUCAAAAUGAAAUUCUGCGGGUUGCAAGAGUGCUGAUUUUCUUCAAAUACUCUCCUCUAAUGUGAAGUUGUGAUGUGCUGACAGCAGAAUGAAUUCCCCAGACACAAAUCCCACUCUUACUGACUUGUCUAUUUUCUGCCUUUGUGAUUUAAGCACCCAUCUCUCAGAAAUAAUGGGAGUGCUUGGUUAAGAUCAUUCACUUCAUCAGGUCUGACUCUCUAAUGUGUCUCCUCGUGUUUAGGACAGCGUGUUCAGACUGGAGCCUCACAUAGAAAACGGCAGAGGAAAGAGUCCUUAUGACCCCAAGCUGCUCACUGCCUCCAUGCUAAUUGGUGAGUUUCAGACCGGAUACGCUGAGCUGUUCUUCAGUGUGUUUGGGCACAUAAAAACAUGGGAGUCCAGAAAACACCCUACGCCUUGCUCUUUCAUUUCAGCAGAUAUAAAGAGUGUAAACGACAUGUGGAUAACAGAACAGUGCAUUCCUUUCAUUCAUUACGAGUGGAUCUGCUCUGUAGUUCAUAUUUACACCCCUGAAACCCCUUAUUGGCGGGAUUGUAAACUCUAUUUCCAUCCAAAUUUGCCUCUUUUAAGUGUUGGGCGUACAUAGCAGAUGACACUUUAUUGAGUUUCUUUACACUGAAUCAAAUAAAGCAGGACUACGUGAGCAUGUCGUUCCUCUCUAGCCCCAAUUAUUGCCAGUCACAUUGUGUUAUAUCACAACGUUUAACCCAGCAGAUGGCCAUUUUCCAGCCCAUCACACCUAAUCUCCUCGCCCCUUUUCCUCUCCCUUCUCACAGCAUUAUUAUGUACUCCCCCCUGUCUCACACCUCUACCCUGUCCCUCCAUGCGUUCAUCUCUACCUUGUCUCCCCCUUCAAGCCCUGCCCACUGUGAUAAUGUCAAUUUCACAGUCCUGAUGUUCAUCAUGUCCGUCACUGUCUGUGCUCUCCCUGAACUUCAAGUCUGCCCUUACUGCUAAGCUCCUGAACAAUUCCUUAGACUUUCACACCUGCUCAACGAGGGAGAAACCACUUCAUACAGUUUUCUCAUCCACUGUUAAGACAACUAACACACAGCUAACGCACUUCCCUUGUUCCUCAGAUGGGGAACUGUAUGCUGGGACAUCAGCUGACUUCAUGGGGCGGGACUUUGCCAUCUUUCGCACUCUUGGCAAGCAUCACCCAAUCAGAACAGAGCAACAUGACUCUCGGUGGCUAAAUGGUGAGAAGGAGGAAAAUAGUUAUUAGUAUAGUAAAAUGUGUUAUUUUUGGAUUUUUGUACAUUGAUUUCUAAGACACUGAUAUCUUACUCUUGGUAUUUGUGCCUCUCUCAUGCCUUUAUUGUGGUGCUUUUAAUGCUUUUGUCAUGCAGAUGACACUCAGCUGUACUUGUCUUUCCACCAAAAUAAACUCAAUGCAGUUUCUAAUGUACAGGGAUAUCUACAAAGGAUAUAACCCUUAAACUUUAUCAGUUUAAACAAAACUAAAACAAAUGACAGUAGUCUUCAAAAGACCCUGCACCACUCUGUGACUUUAUUCCUCUGACACCAAGAUCAUAAACUAAGGUUUAAAAUUCCACUUUUGACUUUAUAUCCAACAUUUCUGUACAUAAUAAAUAAUAAGUCUCUACGUGGUAAACCUUGGGCACAUACAUGAAAUGCUUUCCCUGUAUAACAAUAUUUAUCCCACAAAAAUGACUAACUUACCUUACAUUUAAUUCAAGUUAAAGGAUGGCCUUAUAGACGAUUGAAAACCAUUGAAACUGUUGCAGUGCAGAACAGCAGUGGUUUCCAUGCUCCUUUAUUAUAAACCAGUAGCUCCAAACAAACUUUUAAAUGAUGGGAAUGAAGUUUAUGUACACCAUAUCUCAAUUUACCUCUGUGUGUUGCAGAUCCAAGAUUUGUGGGAGUUUAUCCAAUCCCAGAGAGUGACAACCCAGAAGACGACAAAAUCUACCUGUUUUUCAAAGAAAACGCCAUUGAUGGAGAGCACGCUGGGAAGGCCACACACGCUCGUAUCGGACAGCUCUGCAAAGUAUGAAUAUUAAAGAUUAACACAGCCACUGUGGACACACACCAUCACACAGGCCUGCUUCCACACAGGAAUAUUCCCAGAAUCAAAGACACACACCUUUUCGCACAGACAUUAUGUGAAAUAGCUUCUGUAUCUAGAAAAACACUUGACGUGUGUCUGGGUGGCUUUCAUAAUGGCAGGGUUUCAGGGGCUGUUAUCUAUGAUUAUUUUUAGCCUGGGGAAGGGAGAGCUUUGUUGUGUGUGGUACAGUUGCCCCUGAAGACAGAAACCUGAGAGAAAUGUUAAAUGUCACCAGAACCUGGGCGGCAGACUCGCUCUCAAUGGCUGCACUUCUAUUCUAAUGCCAGGCUUUGGCUCUGAUUGGGUCUGCCACACCCCUGGGCUGCAGGGGAUAAUAUAUGUUAAAUAGCUGGCCUUGUAUCAGCUUUCACCCUCCAAAUCCUAUUCCAUUUCAUUAAGCAGGAAUCCACCCAGCUGACUGCAGAGCAGAGUCUUGCCUCAUCCUCACAUUUAGCCACAUAUCGGUCCUCCGUCAUAGCAUCCUGAUCACCCAGAAUGUCAGGAAUCUGUCUUGCUCAACACAACCCAAGUCAUCCAUAAUGGGGGGGAGGAUGUGGUAUUAAUUUGGGCUUGUGCAUAUUUAGACACAUGCCGAAUCAGUGUCAUAAAUCAAAAACCAUGUGGGAGAAGCUUUUAUGAGCACCCGCUGUUUGUGUGACUGUUCUGAAAACAAUCACAGUAUUGUGAGGCAAAGACAUACAGUGUAAAGUUGUGUACUUGACCGGAGACAGAAAAACUUCCUAUCUAAAAAUCCAUAAUUCUUUUUGAACUGUACAUUUUAAUGAGGCAAAUUGCAGAUAAACCAAGUGAAACAAUUAAUUACUUUAUCUAUACAGCAUAUGGAAUCAAUAUAAGACAAUGAAAACUCAUUCACAGCCCAGCAGACCUUCAUAAUGUCUUCCUUUAUCAUAUAAACUAGUAUGUACUUUAGAACUACAGCCUUAUCUUACGAGACUUUAUAAGCCUGAAGAUGAUAAAAAGGUUAGAGUCUUAAAAGUUAUCAACAGAAGUUUUGAAAGACAGAUAUAAGCCCUAUUUAUACAUGUAUCUUCAGUUAUUCGGUGAAAAAUACCAUCUACCACUGAUUUUCUAACAAACUUCCCAAUUUAACUCUACAUUUUAUCUAUCUGACAGAAUGAUCUAGGAGGGCACAGGAGCCUGGUCAAUAAGUGGACCACCUUCCUGAAGGCUCGGCUCAUCUGCUCUGUACCUGGCAGCAAUGGAAUUGACACACACUUCGACGAACUACGUGAGUAAUUACUCUUGAACUUUAAACAAAUCAAAUCAAAUUUUAUUUAUAUAGCGCCAAAUCACAACAGUCGUUAUCCCAAGAGUUUCCCCUCCAAAAAAAGGGCAGGUCUAGACCACGCUAAUUGUUUAACAGCUUUUUGUUCAUCCAGCAUUAAAUACAGUCGGUUAAAAUUUUGUGUUUCUGUCUGUUUGGCUUACAGAGGAUGUUUUUCUUAUGGGCACAAAGGAUCCUAAAAGCCCGAUCAUCUAUGCAGUGUUUACAACAUCCAGGUACUGAGGCUGAUUCUGAAUCAGUUGAAUAGACUGUGGUCAGUGAUUGCAUGGACCUUCUCUCCAAUAAAAUCCUGCUAUAUCGGUAUCUGACUCCUUUUCUCUGCCCAUUAGCAACAUCUUCAAAGGUUCAGCGGUGUGUAUGUACAGCAUGACGGACAUAAGGAGAGUAUUUCUGGGUCCCUACGCUCAUAGAGAUGGACCCAACUACCAGUGGGUGCCCUUUCAGGGACGUGUGCCCUACCCACGGCCUGGCACAGUGAGUAAAAAAAAAAAACUUUAACCAGGAUAUCUAGGUAUUAUGAAGGUGAAUUUUCACUUGUAACCCACUAAGGUUAUUUUUUUCCCCAACAGUGCCCAAGCAAGACGUUUGGAGGGUUUGAUACAACAAAGGACCUUCCUGAUGAAGUGGUUACCUUUGCCAGAAGCCACCCAGCCAUGUUCAACCCUGUAUAUCCCAUUAACAAUCGGCCAAUCAUAGUGAAAACAGAUGUGGACUACCAGUUCACCCAGAUAGUGGUGGAUAAAGUUGAAGCAGAAGAUGGUCUUUAUGAUGUUAUGUUCAUAGGCACAGGUAUACACUUUUUUACAUUUAUUCACAUGCUGUAAAUAUUUUAAAUGGAAGCAUUGUCGCUGUAAAUAACGAUGAAUGAAUAGAUUUGUUUUAUGUGCUUAGACAUGGGGACGAUACUGAAAGUCGUAUCCAUCCCCCGAGGCUCUUGGCAUGACCUGGAGGAAGUCCUAUUGGAAGAAAUGACUGUUUUCCGGGUAAGUCAUACUCUUCCCUCCUGUAUUAAUUUCCCAUUUAACGUCUAUAGAAGCAGCAAGAGUUUAACUAAAUCUGUUUGACUGUCUCUUUUCUUACAGGAGCCAACAGCUAUCACAGCCAUGGAACUCUCAACCAAACAAGUAAGGCUUUCAGCUCUUUACACACGUGAAAUUAAACUACAGCAACACAUGUAGCCGAGCAACUCUCCCCAACAAAGGGGUAUUAUUCUCUUAUCAAGAUAUCAUACAACCUACAGAGGCUAGAAGCAUCCCCCCAGGUGACACACGAGGAUAGCUGCACACAUUCGAGUUCACUUUCUAAACACUGCGAGGUAAAAGACUUAAUCACACAAUGUCUCAAUUGUUUGCUUUUGAGUAGCAGUUAGCUUGUAAAUCUUAAAGACAGGUGGAGACAAAAUGAGUCAGUAAAUUGACAGGUAGGAGGGUACUGGGUGUCUGUAGGAAGAUGGUCUGUCCACAUUCCUGACUUGUAUGACAGCCGCAAUGACAGACAUGCCAAACAUGACCUCAAGUGCUGCCAAUCCUGUGUGUAAACUUUUGUUGUAGUGACGGAUAACAAACAACGCCUCACUUUUGUUAAAAAUUGCGUCUUUCUUUCUUUUUUUUGUCUACACAGCAACAACUGUACUUGGGUUCUGACAUUGGCGUGUCUCAGAUGCCUCUGCACCGGUGUGAAGUGUAUGGUAAGGCCUGUGCUGAAUGCUGCCUGGCGAGGGAUCCUUACUGUGCGUGGGACGGCACCGAGUGCUCCAGAUACUUCCCCAUGGCCAAAAGGUACUCCAUUCACACCUUGCAUUCAUACCUGUCAUCACAUUGCCUUCCAGCACUUUGAGUUUUUACAAACAACAUUUGUUCACAGCUCUCUACAACACUGGAAACAUACUCUGAGGUUAUGCAAUAGGAUUAUUUUAACCUGCACAACAUCAACCAUCUCAACCUACCAGAUAAUGUGUAACAUUCACAGUUUGAAUCCACACUUUAAGCUGCACUGUUUGGAUACUCACACAGACAGUUUCAUCAGAAAUGUCUAAGCAUUUUGCACAAAGGCAACCCGCUUUAGAUUUCAGCAUGCCUAAUUGAAUUCAAGUGUUUAAACCCAUGUGAUAGAAUCCCCUUUUGUGUGACAGAUUGACCAUAUUUACAGAAAUGUAAACUAGAUUAUAUAGAAAGCUUUCAAACAGAUUGAGGACAUAUGCGGUCAGGCUGUGAUUCAGAGCAAGAGCUAUGCACACUUAUAGUGCAGGCUUUGUAUAUUUGCCAAAAAUCCCCUAAAGGACUGGUAUCGUGUUUCUACCAGAAAGUUGGAAAUAUAACCUGCCUCAUGUGUUUACUGUAAAUGAGAAGCAGUGUUGGUGAUGUCUGGAGGCUGUCUGGGUGAACCAGGGGUGAGCGGUUGUUAGAGGUGCGGUGGUGCUGCGGUUGUCGAUGUGGACUUAUCUGUAAGCGUGCAUGUAUGUGCGUACUUGUGUGUGCAGCCUCCUACUCACAGCUCCGUGGGGUUUAUUGAUUUGAAUGCUAGCUGUACAGAAUCCGGCUUUUGCUGUUAGUUGGGCCCCAGAGUCUUACAUUUAAAAAUAAGACAGCUGGAGCAAACUGUGCUAACACACCGUGUCCAGAACAGUGUGAUACAAAAGAAGGAGAAAGUCUGAGUUAGCUUUAACGUCUCUGUAGUUUCUCCAGUCACUGUCAAUCACAGAAAUAUCUUGACACUGCUCUUCAAACUCCAUCGCUUGCAAUUUAAUCCAGCAAACAUGACAGUUAGACAUGAUUGAUUAAAUUCCUCUGUCGUGCACACCCUAUAAUUAUGGUUUUUAUGUGACGCUAUUGGGUGCUUGCUUUUAGUUUAUCUAUUUAUUUUAGUCUGUGCAUCCAAACCGCAACCAAAUACACACCUACACACAAACUUCCUGACAACAUAUUCUGAGAAAGUGUUGUGUCUGCUGACUCAUGACGCUUUCUUGAUAUUUGUGUCCUGCAGGAGAACAAGACGGCAAGACAUCAGGAACGGAGAUCCACUCACACAAUGCUCAGAUCUGCAGCACCAUGGUACGAAUUUAUACACCCUUUAUACAACUUCACUCAUAAAUUUACACUUUCCAUGGGGAACAUAGAGACAAAUUCCAACCUAAGCUUGUUAAUUUUCCCAAAACAAAAUCACAAAGAGCUUCUGUUUAGCGAACAUAUUUCUUCUUUGAGCAGUGAAAAGGCUCCGAAGCCGUCCAAACCGUCAAGUAGCCGCUAGACUGUGUGUGGUGCUGUGUCUUGUGUUUUAUGUCUUUCUGGUGGUGUGAAGAUUACAGCUGGUACUUUUAAACCUUAUAAUUAGUAUGGGCAGGAUUCCUCCAAGCCUCCUCUCUGUCGCCAAACUCUCCGCCCUGUUAGCAGUCUUUCGCCAAAAACAAGACUCAUAUGGUUGUCUGAUGCACUUUUUUCGUCCUCAUAAGUAUGUGUAUCUAUCGUUGGACUGAAAAGACGGAAACAUAUAUUUAGUCAACUCAAGCUGCUGAUUUGAGAAAGAGGAACUCAGAUAAAAUAAUCUCACUUCAUGCAAGACCACAUAUAUAAAUUUAAUUGCACAUCUUAUAUUUUAAGUUACAAAAAAAUGUGUUAAAAAUGUGAGUUUUUAGAGAGUGGAGAGGGAAUAAUAAUCUGUAGUGGUUUUACCCAGAGUCAGUAUUUAAGAGAACAAGCAGGGAAACUCUGACCUUUAGGUGCCACAGCUUUCUGAAUGAUUAUUGCACCUACUUCACUUUAUAAAACCCAGAGUUUGGUUACAGCCGAUUUCCCUCAAAGACUCCUUUGUGGUGGUGUGCUUCCUAUUCUGCUCGAGAUUGAGUGUGAUAAGAGAAGAGACAGGGUAAUGUGGCGAAAGGAUUUAAAAUGCAUUCAUUGGAGAACUUCAGAAGCAGCAGAAGUAGGAGUGUUGCACUGAUUUUUAUGUCUUAAGUCUUUAAAGACCCUUUCAAGACCCUAUAUAAAAAAAAGAACUGUUGAUGAGCAGCAGAAUGGAUAAACAUAGAAGUAGCAGAUUUCACCUUUAAUCCCAGUAGUUCUCAACUGGUCUCACUCUGGGACCUACAUUUUCCUAUGGUCCUUAAGUCGUGACCCACUUUUAUAAAAUUCAAACCAGGCAGAUUUAUUUUUUGUAAAAAAACCUUCAGAGUCUCAAAUGUUUGACAUAAAUAAACCCAUUUAAUUGAAUAAAGUGCAUUUUAGAGCACAUGAAUUGAGGACGACAACUACUUAAGUUGCAUAUACAGAAAAUAUCAAAUUGCACAAAAUAAAGACAAAAAAAAAAAGAAAAGAAAAAAAACCCACGUAUUUUUACUGCAUUCAGGCCAAAUUGGUAAGAAACCGAGGAGGACAUAACACGUGCCUUUCAAAAUAAGCUAUUUUUCAAAAUAAAAGACAUGUCAAAUUCAGAUGCGCAUUAAAUAUUUACUUUUUUGACCAGCCGUUCACGACCCAUCCAGAACAUGUCCGUGACCCACUUUUGGGUCAGGACCCACCAGUUGAGAACCACUGUUUUAUCCCACAUUUAAACAAGGCUUUGAACCAUCCAUUCUCUGCAUUUGUUGUUGAGCUGAAUUUCCUUGAGCUUUGAUUGAUGUAGAUUUGAUAAUGUGAUCAAACAGAUCGCAGUCAUCCAAAAUUUAAGGCCGCUUACAUGUAAAGAUAAAACAUUUUAAGACAUUUCAUGACCCUGAGUUCAAUAUCUAAUUUUGUACUUUUUUUGACACUGCAGUACUUUGAGUAUGAAGUAAUUUUUAUUUUAAUGAAGUGCUUCACAAAAAAAAAAAAAUCCCACUACGUUCAGCUACAACCACAUAUACCAACUCUGUUUUUGCACUACAAAAACUACAAAACAAUUCAUCAUCCUCCCAUAACUCCUCUGCUUUUGUUUCCCAUUCAGAUGAACUAAGUGGGCAGACAACCCUCCUGGAUAAAACAGUGUACGGUGUGGAGAACAGCAGCACUUUCCUUGAGUGCAGUCCCAAGUCCCAGAGAGCCCUCACAUAUUGGCAGUAUCAGCGCUCUGCUGACGACCGCAAGCUGGAGGUUGGCACUAACCUUAGGACUCAAUCUUUGAAAAUGGACUCAGAUAUUAAGUGCUAAAUGACUGUUUUGGUAUUAAGGUUUUGAAUUUCAUCAAUAUUUCAUAUUAAACUUCAGCACAUCAAGAUAGUCAUCGGUGGUCACUAGAUUUGGAUCUGAUGUCUCAUUUCUCAUACCACUGUCUCAAACUUCUCAUUUUCUAUUUCGGCAGAUCAAAUCAGACGAUCGUCUCAUCCGCACAGACCAGGGCCUCCUGAUUCGCACUCUCAACAAGAAGGAUUCUGGGAUCUACCUGUGCCAGGCAGUGGAGCACGGCUUCAUGCAGACACUUGUGAAGGUAACCUUGGAGGUGAUCGACACAGAGCGCCUGGAGGAUCUGCUCCAUCGUGACAAAGAAACUGCAGCCAGUGUGUCCGCCCAGGAGCGGUCUACGCUCCAAGAAUCGCCAAAUCAAAGGCUGUGGUACAGAGACUUCCUGUCUUUGGUCAAUCACCCGACUUUGAACAGUGUGGAUGAGUUCUGUGAGCAGGUUUGGAAAAGGGAGAGGAAGCACAAGAAGCAGAAAGCUCACUUGGUGCAGCAAGUACAAAUACAACACCACCAGCAGCAACAGCAGCAGCAGAAGGUUGUGGUGAACCCUCACCCACACAUGCAUGCUCAAGGGCUGGCUGCCAAGUGGAAGCACCUGCAAGAGAGGCAGAAAGGGCGCAACCGCAGGACCCAUGAACUGGAGAGGGCCCCCCGCAGUGUCUGAACCUUGACUUAUAUCACCCAAAUCUGAAACCGCACCCAUUUCUCACCCUGUAAUCCUAUUAACUUAUCCUCUUUUCUCUGUGAAAAUCAAGAAAUGGACUUGCUCCACAAGGAUACAAAAGUUGAAGUGGUAAGAUGCAAAACCAUCCUGACCCACCUGUGGAUGCUUCCGUGCGUGGGCAGCCAUGUUUACAGAUUGGCGGUACAGGAGACCGCAGGAAGCAGGAUGUUGUAUGUCACCAGAUCAUCUGAGCAUAUUAUCUCAGCUGGCCUCUGUGGCCUGAGCACUGCAGAUGGACAGUGUCAACCAGCACAAGACCAGGACACACAUAUACUCAUCCUAUAGACAUGACUGACUGUGUCGACAUGGCUGCUUCUACGGCGUUGUCUCAUGGCGUGCAAGAUAGCUGCCCUUAUUUUCAUCAGUGUGAAAAUAAGUUGAUAACUUAAAGUAAUUUCUUUCUACUUCACAUAUAGGAAAAACAAGGAGGAUGAAUUAAAUUGCAAACAUUGUGCAGAGUGAAUGGACUUGUAUCUAGAUUCCAAGCACAAAAGAAGUGAAACUCAUGAAAAGCACAAGGUGGGAUAUUUGGUCAGGUUUUCAUAUUUUAGUUCAUCAUUGGAAAGAAAAAUGCCCAAUUGCUGCAAGAAUCUUUGGACAUUCAUUAUUUGUCAACACAUAGUAUAAUAAUGUAGCUAAUAUGUGUAAAUAUUGUACUCUAGGACUCCUCCUCUUGGUAAAGGGAAUGGUUUGCAGUUGUCUUGCUUUUUGUUUUUCCCUCAAAUAGAAAGACUAUAUUUAAGAAAAAGUCUCUGAGGAAAGCAGAUGUAAACAGGGAAAUUUUGUACAAAUCUGUGUGCCCACGCCCUGCAUAAGCUCGCCAAACACAGUCAGGUUUUAAUAUUGUUCUUGUGUUUAUCUGUUUAAUUUGACUCAGAUCAGAUUCCUUCCAGAGUCAGCAGUCAUUAAGUUGGCUGUCACUUUUAAUGGAUGUCUGCAGGCUGCAUCAUCUCGGUGCACAAAAUGUCUCGCUGGGUUCUUCCAUGUUCAUCCUACAUGUUUCCUUUUUUCCAAAUGUGUAUUUAUUGAUAUUCAGUUGUGUACUUUAAGAAAAUAUUUUUCAUGUGCAGGCAAUAGUUUUCUUUAAUUUGAUCACUUUUGGUUUGAUACCUUCUUAUCGACACCAUCAGUCUCCUUAUUAAACUGUAUCAUCACAAAUACUGUAGAAAGACUACUGUAAGUUAUUUGGUCACUAUGCAUCACAUAUCAUAUCCACGAAGCAAUAACCCAGUAUCCAGAUUGUACGUUCCCUCUAUAACCUUCAUAGGCAGCGCAGUGUUGAAAAUUCAUCUCACUACAUGUAACACAACAGACUUUUUUUUUUUUAUGGUAAACUGCACACAAACAAACCUGGAAUGUAGCUGUGAACAUGAUGUAAAUAUAAAUACUAUGAUCUAUGUCCGACAAGUAUGACACUGUUUACUGGUGCAUGUGAAUACUAUUGUAGUGUUCCUGUUGUUGCUAUAGUGAUAACAUACUAGUCCAGUGUUCGUCUGUGUUAUUUGGUUGUUUGCUUAUAAAGUACCUAAUAUUAAAGGUGUACAUACUAUUUCUGUUAGGACUCUAAACUGUAAAAUAUAUUAAUUCUUGAGGUAGGUAUUCAUUAAAAUAUUAUAACGAGAUCCAAACAAGGUCUUGCUAAAUGAUGAGCAAAGUCUAACCACACAUCUGCAAUCUGUACUCUGGAGGAUCUUGUCUAGUGUGCGAACCUCAUCUGCUCUUGGAAGCCGCGACAGAAGAUGAUGAGAAACAGGACAGAGAGUCUUUCUGGGCCACGAACACUGAGUUGAACACCAGAGUUUUGGGACUUUCAGUAGAGAUGGACACAUGAUAAGAUCAUCAUUAUUAAAGAGAAACAGGAUGCCUCACUACAUCUUUCUUGGACAUUUAGUGAAAGCGAGGGAAUGAAGUGCUGCUGCUGUUGCUGCUGCUGCUGCUUUUUGGCAUGAUAAUAAUGAUGAUGAUGAUGAUGAUGAUGAUGUAUUCUACUGAUCUAAUAAAUGUCUCUUCAUAAAGUG